UGCGCAUGACGUCAUACAAACAAUGGUGAAUGAUGAAAACUCAAACUCAGGCUUCAAAUUUGCCUCAAAAAAAUCUAUAGAAAUUUUUUAUUCGUCAUCAUCAAUGAUUCAUUAUUAUCGUUCGAAAAUAAGCGUCCUUUUAUCGCGUACAACAUCAAAGCAGUUCGAAAUUGUGCAAAGCACCCUGCUAGCGCCUGUCUUUUAAAAAACGUAAAAUUUCUUACAAAAUUUUCUGAAGGUAGUUUUGUGCGUUUCAUCUUUAAGAAAACCGGACUUUAGACCUGUACCUCUAUUUCUAUCUGCUUCCGGAGUGUGUUACGAUGAAUAUACGAGACGUUUUUUGACAUGUCAGUCGUUAGUGAUUCGACGUGUGAAGAAGACAUGCAUACAAAAGAGAUAACAAAAAGUAACAAUUUUUCCGAUAUUCAUGGGUGCGCAUUUCUCGGGGAUAAAAAAAAAAAAAAAAAAACUAGACGGCAGAUCGGUCCGUAAGUAUCAAAAGUAGCAAUAGCUUGAUGUGCUGCACUUCAACACAGGAUAAAAAACGCGGGAAAAAAGCGCCCCGUCAUCUGUCAUUCGAAAAAAAUAGUUGUCGCCGGCAAGUCUCGGCGUUCGCCGAUCCCAUAUUGACGAUCGUCGGGUUUCAGUUCAAUAACAAAGGUCAACACGGAGGUCUCGUUCGACGAAUGUACAAAAUGACGCUUGUCAAAAGGUUUUUCUACGCGCGGAUAUACGAGAGCAACGGAGGCAGCGCAGUGGUAAAACGAGUGUAUGUAUGAAAGACGGUGAUUAUUGUUUUUCUAUGCGUAUAAACUCGAUGAAUAUUCGAAUGAAGAAUAGAACAGGGGCGAUCGUCGAAGGUUCGCCGCCACCGCGCAAUAUCGUUAGCAUUCGGUCGUUGUAUUCCGCCAGUGCAAAAGUUAAAAACGUUACAGUUCCGCGCGAUCGCGUGCCGCUGCUAGUCUCCAGCAGAGGAUGGAAGAUUCGCGAGACGAAUAUUUAGCUCGAUGGGAAAUCGGGCUUUUGGCAGUGAUAUUUUUAAUAACAAUAAUCGGCAAUUUUUUGGUACUUUUCUCACUAUAUCUGCGUCAUUGUCAUCGUGGUAGGGGGCGAAAAAAACUCACGAGAAUGUAUUUUUUCAUAAUGAAUCUGAGUAUAGCAGAUCUUCUAAACGCACUUUUGAACGUUCUACCUCAAUUGGCGUGGGACGUAACUUUUCGAUUUGAGGGUGGUCCGGUGCUUUGCAAACUCGUUAAAUUCGGGCAACCUCUACCGACUUACCUGAGCUCGUACAUCCUGACAGCGACGGCGAUUGACCGAUAUCAGGCAAUUUGCCAUCCGAUGAGUUAUCGCGGAACGAGGUCUGGGCGACGGUCAAGAGCGAUGGUUUACGGGGCUUGGUGCGUUGCCAUUAUUUUAUGCGUUCCUCAGAUAUUUGUGUUUUCAUACAAAGAAAUUUAUCCGGAUGUUUGGGACUGUUGGGCGUCUUUCGACGAGCCUUACGGUCAGAAAGCUUACGUCACGUGGUUCGGGUUGACGGUAUUUCUAAUUCCACUAACGGCACUAGCGUACACUUAUGCGCGAAUAUGCUAUGGUAUAUGGAACAAGGAUGGCGAAAUAGCAAAAUUUGCAAGGCGCGAUAACGGCGGUGACAUCGGAGCCGGGACGUGCACAGAACGAAAUCGUCAACCGUUCGUUUCGCGAGCGAGGUUAAGAACUGCGAGACAGACCGUUACCGUCGUCAGUCUUUACGCCAUCACUAGCAGUCCUUUCAUCGGUUGUCAACUGUGGGCCGCGUGGGAUCCGAACGCAGCAUCGAGUCCCUUCUUUACCGGUCAGUCUUACGCGCCCUUAUUUAUUUUUUAUUCUUUGAAAGUCAUACAUACGAACACCACUAAUUUUAGGUGCAACUUUUACGAUUCUCUCUCUACUGAGCAGCCUCACCAGUUCUGUGAAUCCUUGGAUCUAUCUCGGUUUCGAUCGCGAGCUCCGUGCGACACUCGCGGCUUUUUUGAAGAAAAGUGUUGGAUUGAAAAGUUUUGCCGAUCGAGAUGUGUCGUCGAACGUCUCACACGGAGUGGGAGGAGCCUCGACGAGAAGCUCGCUUUUCCAGCCAAUCGGAACAAGAUCCAGCUCCUCGAGCAACGGUCAAUCGGCCCGAACAAGGGAGGAACAACGACUUACCAGCUUCGUUCCUUUUUAAAUGUUCUUUUCUUCCGAGUAUCGACGACCUUUCCAACGAAAUGUCUAUUUUUAUGAAUGCAUAUAUUUUUUUAUCAAACGAAGAUACCGAUGCAAUGAGA